AUGUUUGCAUAUCUUCUCUUCUUUAGAUCUACAUUAGUAGCUAGGACUUCAUACAAUACUAUUGUCCCAUAUAAAUGGGGCUUCCAAAAGGGUGGAAACUUAACUGCCCAUUUUACAGAAGUUGAAGCAAGAUCUAUUGUUUUAUCCCUUUGCGACCCUUCCGAAUAUAAAUCUCUCCAAUCAGGCUAUUAUAUAUCAUGCGAAUCGUUCGCUACACUAUGCCAAGUUAGUCAACUCGAAUCAGUACAAAAUAAAGAGGUCAAAUUUAACCUAACUGUUCCAAAAAGAAGUACAUAUUAUACUGUCAUUGGCUCAUGCAAUUCAUUAACAUCUGAGUAUCGAGCAGAACUUGUCUAUUCAAAUCCAAAUACGAAAUUAUCAACCGAAUUAAUUCCAUGCCUUUACACAAAACCAAUCAUGGUCGGACUCUUUGGCAUAGUCAUCAUCUUCUGGUACAUUAAUUGGUUCAUGAAUUUCAGUGGAUCUUCAAUUUUACAUAAAUUCUAUACAGUUGCUUUUACUUUAGCUCUUGUUAACAUUAUCAUUGAUACUCUUUAUUAUUACCACUAUAGCAAGAGCGAUAUUAAUAACGGAAUUACACAAACCUCAGUUGUUUUCUCCUUCUUAUUCUUGACCUUAGUUGUAAUCUGUUAUGCAUUUGUUGCUAAAGGAUAUGGCGUACUUCACGACAAUUAUUCUUAUCUCGACGUUUUCAAAGUUGCGAUUUUAUCUGCAGUUAUGAUUGGCGCAGUUUACGCUUACAGAUACGCAGGACCAUUCUGGCUUGCUCUCUUUUUAUUUGUUAUUUUCGGCAUCUCUCUUUACUUUUUCAUAAAAAUGAUUCUCACCGGAACGAACAACUCAUUACUUCACGUGUUCGCCCACAUGUACGUCAUCGCUGAGCGCGGCAUUAACCCAUUCACAACCCCGCUCAAGAGAAAACUCAGAAUUUACAAGACAGUUAAUUAUAUCAUUAUGGUUUACCUUUGUUUGUCAGUAUUCCUCAGUUUGUUCUUCCGUAUUAUUGGUAUUCCAGAGUGGAUUUUCCAGUUACUGAAUGACAUCUUAAAUCUUGCACUUGUUUGUGGAGCUGUGUACUUGUUCAAGCUCGAAAAGUCACAUUCCGGAUACCAGGCAAUCACAGAGACCCUCGAAGCUCAAGAAUUUACAAGAGAAGACAUCCGUAAUCUUGAUUUCGACGCUGCAUUCGCAAGAGCUACAGAGGAAUGGGAUGGACAAACCCUGUUACCUCCAAUGCCAAGAAUUGUUGAGACUCCAACAAUUCGCCAACAAGAUAAUGAAGAAGUUGACGUUCAACCUCGAACAGAAGAGCCAUACGACAUCGAAGUCCAAGCUCCUGAUGUAACUCCUUCUAUUAAUCCUUAUCUCGAUGAUGUAGAUCCAGCUGCAAGACCAUAA